AUGCAGUCUCACCUUUUGGUUCCCCGAGGUGACCAGCUUCCCACUCGGAAGGCUGCCGUGUACGGUGUUGGCAUCGGUUUCAUGGCCUUUACUUCGAUCGUGGUGCUUUUGCGAUUAUGGGUCCGCAUCUUUAUGUUGCGCGCACUAGGGACAGACGAUGUCUUGAUGGUGGUGGGAACUAUCCUAACAUUUGGUUUAACAAUUGCCACCAUGAUUGGAACGCAGUACGGCAUCGGAAAACAUCUGGUCGACAUCAAUCUGGAGGACUACGAGUCAAUGUUCAAGUCGAUUUGGGCCACUCGUCUUCUUUAUACUGUUGGCAUGGGAUUCGUGAAAAUGUCUCUACUAUGGUUCUUCCUUCGCCUUGAUCAGCGCCGAUGGAUGAGAUGGUCAGUGUUCUUCGUGAUGUUCAUCGUGGUGGGACUAUCCUUCGCAAGCGCUAUCGGGUCCAUCGUCUCCUGCACUCCGCCGUCGAAAUUUUGGGAUGUCACGGGUGAAAAGCCGGGGCAUUGCAUGUCGCCCGGGCCACAACAGGACUUUUACGAGGUCAAUGGCAUUCUAAACAUUGUGACGGAUAUUCUCAUUUGGCUCUUACCUAUACCGAUGCUGUGGCGACUUCACAUCACUUUGCGCAAGAAAGCUGCUAUUUUUGGGGUGUUCUCCAUUGGUAUCCUUGCUCUUGCAGCUGCUUGCGUUCGCUAUGAUUUCGUGCUCAAGCUGGAGGGCAAUGAGGAUCAAUUCUAUCAUCUUGCCGAUUCACUCAACUGGUGCACCAUCGAGGUCUACGUCGCAAUCUUCUGCGGCUCGGCACCCUCCCUCUCCGUCCUCAUUAAAACCUAUGCACCACGCGUCUUCGGUACCUCCAAGGCACAGAAUUACGCCAGCAGCACACCCACUCCCGGACACAGCCUCGCGCAUCAUCGGCCCAAAGUCAAUCGGCAUCGACGCUUAGAAGACACCACGGGGCUAGGCAGCCAGGAUGCGAUCGUGCUGAACGAGCAGGAUCACGGCGGCAUCACGCUGAAGACCGAUAUUCACAUGGAAGUUACAGACGGGAACGGCGCUUAUGUGAAGGACAGCUCCAGUGACUUUGUUCGGGGGGCGUGA